AAUUAAAAAGCCAUCAAUCAAUCAAUCAAUAAAUUAAUCAAUCUUAAAUAGGUAAUUAAUUAUUUUAUAAAUAGCUAAAAAGAUAGAUUUAUAAGUAGCAAAAAACUAUUUAAAAAAAUGAGUACACUUUAGGCUGAUGUUGAAUUUUACUUCGUGAAAAGUCACUUUAAAUAAGAAAAAGAUAUAUGCAGGGAAGCUGGAUUAAAUGCUAGCAAUGAAAUUGUGAAUUAUAUUAAGUUACUAAAACUUCACUUAAGUAAAAAAGAUAUUGAAAUACUUCCUAAAACUGAUUAGUAUAAAUCAUAAGGUGCUUUCGGUAAUAAGUGUAGCGUGACAGAACAAAGAAUCAGAUUCCCUAGGUAAUUAAGAAAUAAUAUUGAAACAAUCCUUAUCACCAUAGUAUAAGAAGCUAAUCUCUAUACAGUAACCUCAAAGGAUGUUACUAAGAUUGUAGUAGUAAAAAAUAUAUCAGAAGAUUAAGAUAUAUUAGAAAAUUAAUAAAACCAAAAUCAAUAAGCCUAAAUUGUGUAGAAUAGACCAAAUUCUGAUGCAGUACUUUAUCAGCCUAUGAAUUAGAUUCAUAAAAAUAAUAGCUUAGAGUUCAAUGGUCAACAAAUUUUAAGAAAUCAAAAUAAUGUAUAACAAAUUAAUAAUCCUUAAAUGUAAUUCUAAAUUUUGCAAGAUAGUUAGUAAAUAUAAGUUUAACAAACAUAAAUGAAUAAAAUUAUAAUUAAUUAAAAUUGCGAAACAAGGACUAGUUAGGAGAAUGAUUUUCCUGCUUCUUCAAAUAAUAGAGAAAUCUAAAGAUUAAAAGAAGAAUUAGAAAAAUCAAAAAAUGAAAAAGAUUAUAUGGCAAAAGAACAUGAAAGAAAAAUUAAAUAAAAAGAUGAUGUAAUUUAAGAUUAAUAAUAAACAAUAAGUGUUUUGCAAUAUAGACUUAAUUAAAAAGAAAGAGAUUUAGAAGCUGAUAAAAAUGAUUUUUUAAAAAAGUACGAAGAUUUAUUUGAAAGAUACUCAAAAUUUAAAAAAUAAAUCUAAAUAUAGUUAAAGCAUAAAUGA